AUGAAACUUCGAGUUGGCAUGGCUGCAUCUUCCAUGCUUGAUAAAGGUCCCCUGAAAGCUUUUGAGAAUGGAAUUUUGGGUCAUAUCAGAAGGAUGCUAUUAAGGAAGCAAAUAAAGCAUGCCGUGCAUUAUUUGUUGUCUACCUUUGUUUCACAUGUUCAUGCAGGUAAAGAGACAAAUUACGAGCUUAAAUAA